GAAGACGACAGUGACGACAGAAUGAACCCUAGAGUGUUUAUUGACUGGAAUAUUGAUGGAGAAUACGCUGGUAGAUUAGUAUUCGAACUCUACAGCGAUAAAGUACCAAAAACUGCAGAGAACUUUAAAGCUCUCUGUACGGGCGAGAAAGGUACAGAUGAGGAGACAGGUAACAAAUUAACAUACAAGGACUCAAUAUCGCAUCGUAUUAUCAAAGGUUUCAUGAUACAAUUCGGCGACAUAACAAACCAUAACGGUACCGGUGGAUUAUCAAUCUACGGUGGUAAAUUUGAGGAUGAGAACUUUGAUAUUAAGCAUACAAAGCGUGGUCAACUAUCUAUGGCUAACGCCGGUCCAAAUACCAACGGCUCACAAGUAUUCGUCACUUUCUGCCCAUGUCCACAUUUAGACGGCAGACAUGUUGUUUUCGGUGAAAUUUCUAAAGGCAAGGGAUUGUUACGUAGAUUAGAGAAUAUCCAGACAGGCGAAAACGACUACCCAACCGUUGAUGUCCGCAUCGUCGACAGCGGUUUAGUUAAGGAGGGUGAAGAUGAUGGCGUACCACCAUUAUCUAUUGGAGAGCAUGAAGACUACCCAGAAGACGAUGAAGCAGAUUCAGAGAACCCAGAAGUUGCACUGAAGAUUGCAAAAUACUACAAAGAUAAAGGUGCAGAUGCAUUCAAGCAACAAAACCACUCAGUUGCCGUAAAUGAAUGGGAAAAAGCACUGAGGUACUUGGAUGUCAACCCAGUUCUUCCAGAUGAAACUAAAAAUGAAAUUAAAGCGGAAUACUCACAAACUAGAGUGCAGUUAUACUUGAAUGUUUCAAUUGCUGCACUCAAACUCAAUAAACCAGCUGUAGCUGAAUCAAUGGCUACAAAAGCUAUCAGAACUCCACCAACUAAAGGUCAAGAUAUUGCAAAGGGUCUCUACAGACGAGCACUCGCAAAGUCUGCCCGCAAGAAUGAUCAUUCUGCCUUGGAUGAUUUGAAUCAUGCAGUAAAAAUUUCACCACAAGACGCUAAUAUAAAUAACCAAAUUGCUUUCAUAAAGAACAAGAUACAACAACAAAAGCAAAAAGAGAAGCAAGUAUAUUCCAAAAUGUUUUCUUAAAUAACUUUCUUCUUCUUGUACCGUCAUCAUGUCAUAUAAC